AUGAAUUCUGCGAAAGCGACGCUGCCAACCCAAAUAUUGAGCCAGACUCCAUCUACCUCGUCAAUUACAGACCGCCUAUGGCGGCAUUCGUUGUAUAAUGUUCUCAAUCAGCGACCCCUGGACCGAGUGAAUGUGCUUGGAGAUAACAGCCAUGGACAUCUAUCGUGUGUCAAUGCCCUGAGCUGGACGCCAGACGGACAAAUGCUCCUGAGCGGAGGGGACGACCGAACUGUUAGGAUAUGGCGCAUGGACCCGGAUUGCGACGUGGAUUACCCUUUUUUCUGUAAAUCCGUCAUACAGACAGGACAUAAGGCGAAUAUAUUCAAUGCCCACUUGCUUCCGCAUUCCACGCGAAUCGUAAGUGUUGCAGGAGAUAAACAGGUUCGGGUCUUCGAGGCUGCGGUUGCUUUGGCUCAUUCACAGAGUGAGCCAGAAACAACUUACAGCGCGAAUCAGUUGGACUGUCGCGUUCUACGCUGUCAUACGAACAGAGUCAAGCGCAUAGUCACUGAAGAUAGCCCCGAUCUUUUCCUCACCGUGGCAGAGGACGGCUCCGUCAGGCAGCACGACUUACGUGUCCCGCACACUUGUGGACCUGGAGGGUCAUGUCCAGCACCUCUAAUCAAGUGCCAGCAUGAACUAUCGGCUUUGGCCUUGUCUCCUCUUUCGCCAUAUCAGUUCGUUGUUGCUGGCGAAUCACCCUACGGAUACCUAUUUGAUCGCAGAAACACGGGUCGCUCUUUCGAUGAGGAAUGGGGCUCCCUUCCCCCAACAUCUGGCCCUUCCAUCGCGACUUGUGUACGCCGAUUCGGCCGUAAGACUAAGCCUCGUGAUGAUGUCUACGGGACACAUAUAACAGGGGCCCGAAUGUCUUCGCACAAUGGACAUGAGGUACCUUAUAGUGGCGAUGCUGUAUAUCUGUAUUCCACCCGUGAUGAUCCGCAAGACGAGGAUCAAAGCCAUGGAUCUGGUAUCAUCCCUCCAAACCGGGAACAUAGGACCGACGUGAUCCCGAUAGCAUCCGACGAAUCACAUAUCAACGUUCAAUUAGCAGAGACCGACGACAAUGAAGCGUCUAGCCCUCUCCAGCGGGCAACCGAGGACCAGGGCGAUCUUGAUGACUCUGACUCUGACGACUUUACUUUGGACGCUAUGCCGUGGGACGACCCUGGCGUCCCUAUCCUCCUCCCUCGAAGGCGAUUCGCUGGCGCCGGCAAUGUCGAGACCGUGAAAGAUGUCAACUUUCUAGGUCCUGAGGAUGAGUUCGUUACGUCUGGUUCAGAUGAUGGUAAUUUCUUCAUCUGGCACAAGGCUACGGGCGACCUUCAUGGUAUUUACGAAGGCGAUGGGAGUGUCGUGAAUGUUAUUGAGGGCCACCCCUUCCUUCCUCUUAUCGCGGUCUCUGGCAUUGACUCGACCGUCAAGCUCUUCGCCCCAGUCAAUCGCCGAAGUGAAUUCUCUCGUAUAGACAAGCAGGAAGACAUAAUAAGGUCCAACAGCCGCGGUAGUCGCCAACUCAUGACAAGAGGCCAACUAGCCCUAAUCAGAGCAGCUCUUUCCGGACAAGAGUUAUCCGAAGGGAACCCAUGUAACGUUCAAUGA